AUGGCUCCGAUGUCUCUUGCCGACCUCGUCGCCGCUCUGCCGGCCGAGGAUACCUGGGGACCCGCUACUUCAGGUGACAACAUGCUUGGAGGCGUUCCUUACGCUCCUUUCUCAAAGGGUGACAAGCUUGGCCGUAUGGCUGACUGGACCGCCGAGUCCAAGGACCGUGCCGGUCAGGGUCGUCAGCAGUACAACCGAAACUUCAGAGAUCAACAGGUGUACGGUGCCGGAACCGGCAGCCUGUUCACGAUCCAGGGCGCCGAGGACGAGUCCUCUUUUUCCGUUGUCGACAACACCCGUACCUCCACCAAGCGCACCUUUGGUCGUGGCGGUGGCACUGUUUUCCGUGGCCGCGGUGGCCAGCGCGGUGGCCAGCUCCAACGUGGUGGUGCUCGUGGUGGUUUCCAGCGUGCCGGGGGUGGCCGUGGUCAAGAUCGGGGAUAUGACCAGCGCGGUAACCGCGGCCGUGGCGGCCGUCGCUUCGGCUGGAAGGACUACGACAAGCCUCAGCGCACUCGUGAGGCUUCGGUCAACAUUCGCCCUGAUUGGCAAAUGAUCGAGGAGGUUGACUUCAGCCGUCUGUCCAAGUUGAGCAUGGAUGUGAAUGAGGGUGAGGAUCUUGAGUCCUACGGUUUCCUGCACUACUACGACCGCUCUUACGACAAGGUCCCUGUCAAGGGUUCCGAGCGCAGACUCCAGAGCCUCGACCGUGCUGCCUACAACGUCACCACCUCGCAGGAUCCCGUCAUCCACGAACUCGCCGAGAAGAACCAGGCUACCGUUUUCGCUACUGCCGAUAUUCUGUCCAUGCUCAUGUGCGCCACCCGCAGCGUGUACUCCUGGGAUAUCAUCAUUGUUCACCAGGGUGGCAAGAUCUACCUCGACAAGCGCGCCGGUGCCUCCAUCGACUUGGUCACCGUCAAUGAGAACGCUUAUGAUGCCCCCCUUGAGGUUUCUGAGACCUCUGGCAAGCAGGAGCAGAUCAACACCCCCAGCGCCCUGGCCAUGGAGGCUACUUUCAUCAACCACAACUUCGCUUUGCAGACCGUGACUGAGUCUGACGACUCCAAGAUCACCUUCACUCACCCCAACCCCUUCUACAACGAGGCCGAGGAGACCGAGCCUCUCGCCUCCAAGGGCUACAAAUACCGCCGCUUCGAUCUCGGCCUCGAGCGCGACGGCGAGGAGCCCAUCCAGAUGAUCGUCCGUACCGAGGUGGACGCCAUCAUGAAGAACCCCACCGGCGGUGCUGACCAGCAGCUCGUCGUCAAGGCUCUGAACGAGUUCGACAGCAAGGCCCCCGGCUCCGGCAACGCCCUCGACUGGCGCAGCAAGCUGGCCUCUCAGCGUGGUGCCGUCCUGGCCACCGAGAUGAAGAACAACUCUUCCAAGCUCGCUCGCUGGACCACCCAGGCGAUCCUGGCCAAGGCUGAUGGCAUGAAGCUCGGUUUUGUGUCUCGUGCCAACCCCCGCUCUGCCGCUGGCCACGUUGUUCUCGGCGUUGCUGGCUACAAGCCCAAGGAGUUCGCUGCUCAGAUGAACUUGAACCUCAGCAACGGUUGGGGUAUCGUCCGCACUGUUGUCGACCGCAUCCGCGCUCUGGACGCCGAUGAGCCCGAGGAUGCCGUCAAGAAGUACGUCCUGAUCAAGGACCCCAACCGCAACGUCCUCCGUCUGUACAGCGUUCCCCCUACCGCCUUUGAGGAGGACGACGAGGCCGAGGUCGAGGAGAAGAACGACGAGGAUGAGGAGGAUGAUGAAUAG